UAAGCGAUCAUCAUGAUCCUCCCAUUUCCUGGGAAAAUUGGGUUCUAAACGAUCCUCGGAUCCCCCCUUUUUCCUGUUAAUCAGGAUAUGUUUCUAAGGAGAUGUAUACCUCUCAUAAGAGUCUUACUAGUGUACUUGUAUUGCUCAUAACGAAAGCCUUGCUUACCUUACGCUUUUGUUCGUAUAUUCAUGAGCUGUCGCUUACCAAGAGAAGAAAUUUAAAUAGAAGAUGCAGAAUAUCUGUCAGCUAUGCCCUGAAGGUGCGCAGUGGUUUGAUCAACAUGACCUUGCAAUGUGGCCGUUUCAUAAGGACGGAGGUACCAGAUGGGGUAUUGCCACAACGAACUCAAGCGAGAGUAUCAACAACGUCUACAGUGAAUGUCGUGCACUCCCCAUCUCUGCAAUUGUUGAGAUGACAUUCUGGAAAACAAACGCAUGGUUCGUCAACCGUCUCCACUGGUGUGAGAAGAGAGAGGCACAGGGUAAGUUACACUCCGAUAAGGCCACAGAAAUAAUGAAAAAAGAUAAUCGGAAGAGCUCUCGGCACAAGGUCACUGUUAUGAAUCGAAAUGCUGGCGAGUAUUCGGUCGAGACUGGGCACUAGGAGCAUGGGAGACCUGGGGGUCAUCGCCAUGAAGUCACCGUCAACUUUAGGACUAAAAAAGGGGAGUGCUCUUGUCAGAAGUAUCAGGGUAGCGGUAUACCUUGUUCCCAUGCAAUGGCUAUAAUAAAGCACAUGAGCAAAGACCCUCGUCAUUUCGUCAGUCCGUCCUUCAACAUCGACGCACAAAAGAGCAGUUAUCGUAAGAGUUUCCGUGCAUUGCCGGAUGAAGCUUACUGGCCAGUUUAUGAGGGUAAGGUCAUCAUCCCACCAAUCGGUCUUAGGCGGGAAACAGGUCCCCCGUGGGUAAAAAGGAUUCCAAAUGAGAUGGAUUAAAGUGGAAGACCACCGCGAGGGCCAAGGCGGUGUUCCAUAUGCAAAGUACCAAGGAUGCAACGGGAACUUGUGGACGUGAUGCGCGACGAUGCGUUCUGGAUACGGAUCGAACUUAAGCUACGAAGGUGCAGAAAAAUGGACCAUUAAGAAACAUAAUAAUAUAAG